AUGGAACCAAAUAAUUCGCAUACUCAGGCGCUGGCGAAGCCUGAUUUACCAUGGUUACCGAAAGAAUGUAAUUUUACUAUGCAACAAUGGUUGUACAGAAGAACGCUGCAUACGAAGAGGUAUAAAAAGAGAUAUGUGGUAUUACACAACGAAAGACUGUAUACCUUCACGAAGCUUCCCUCAUUUGACAAGUUUGACGCCCAUAACCUACACAAUUUGUUAAAAUUGGCCUCAAAUAGUUGGAUACUAACGGGAGCAAUUGUUUCAGCAGACCAAGAUAUAAACAACGGACUGUACAGAUGGAAGAUCCAGUUCAAAAACUACAAGAAACCAGUAAGCGGCACGGAGACGCUCAACAAGUUCCUGAUCGAUAAACCAGACCUGAAUAUAAAGUACGUGGACAACCUGGACUCGAUAUUCGGCGAAGUAACGUCCUCGAUCCUGGAAAACAAGAAUAUAAACAUAGAAGCGCACGAUUGCCUGUGGUUCGCGACGACGAAUCAUAAGAUAGCAUCGGACUGGGUGAUUGCACUGAUAUACACCUCGAGAUACGGGUCGCUGUACAACCUGAUCUACAAAAACCCAUCGAGCAGAAGGUUUCAGCAGUUUAAACUGCCCUGGUUCCUGAUGGCGCUGGACUAUAUGCCGAAUCUGUCGAAGGACGAGAACUCGAAGCCGCCGCUGGCCUCGUUCACAUACAUAAAAAUAGAUAUACACAGAGUGUUUGAGUUCCCAAUGCUGCCGAACGCUAGAAUAUACGUCGCAGUGGAGUUCAACAGCAGCUUCUACAUAAUUCAGCUAUACAGAUACGAGUCGGAAAACACAACUUCGACGCCGACGGGAGCACUCAGAGAAGACGACACGCACUCGACGCUGAGCUACUACGUAAACAAGAACACAGAUUACGGCAUAACGAGGCUGGCCUCAGACGACAGGAGCUGUUACUCAAUAAGCAGAGAGAGGUCGAACCUGAACCAGGACAUGUACGGAGUCAACUACAAGAGAAUAGCGUCAAUAGGGCCAAUAACGGAGGACGCACACGAGUCGAUGCCAGUCAACUCGGUGAUGUCCUCGAGCGCAAGCGUGGCAAACUCGAUGUCGAACCUGUACGACGAGGACUCGCAGAACGUGCUGACGAGGCUGCUGAACCUGAACCCGAACCAGGACAUGGAGAAGAAGCAGGUGGCGGAGAAAAGAACAAUCGUGUACAAAGACGCGUCACUAUACGUGCCAGUGUACAAAAACACAGCACAGGAGGUGGUGUGGCUGCACUUCUUCGGAGACUUCGACGUGUACAUGGGCACGGCGAGCAUCAGAGACGUGGACUUCGCCUCGAGGGACCCUGCGCCAGUGAAGACGUGCAUGAUCAAGCUGCUGGAGACACUUAACCCACUAAGCUACAGGAGAGUGGACAUAAGCACGUACAAGCCGGAGUCGACAGUGCUGAAGAAGUCGACGGCGAACACGAUAUCGAACGACAGAGGGUUCGUGGAGGUCUCAGUGAUUGUCCCGAAGCACCUGGGAAACUACCUGGACCCGGUGACGAUAUCGUACGGCUCGCCGAAGGAGUACAUGGCGAACGCAACGAGGUCAACGAUCACAGCGGGCAUACAGAUGCUGAUAUCGAACAUAAAGAGAGCACGGCAGUCGUUCGUAGUCUUCAAAGACAUAGUGCACGCACUAAAGUCGGUGCUGGAGUUCAGAAACAGAAUCUCCUCGUUCAUGGCGAUGCUGUACUUCAUCGUGGUCUUUGGAAUAUUCCCGAACAGGAUGCUCAUCAUAUUCCUUCUCCCGCUGAUAGUGUACAUCAUGUGCACGCACCCGAGCUUCAUAGACCUGACCUUCGUGUUCCUGCUGAAGUUCCCAAUACUCAUCGCAAUACUGCCCAAGAGGCUAAUACACCCCUUCCUGCUCAUCCCGAAGACCUCGUGCAUCCUCUGCUCGAAGAAGCCGAGCUUCCUGGAGAAGAACGCACAGGUGGUGGACCCGGACAUGGUGACGAAGGUGGAGAUAUCAUCGAGGACGUUCCAGUACACGUCGACCAAGAAGAUGCACCCGAAUAAGUCGCUCUACCCGCACGAGAGUAAGAUAGACGCGGAAACCUCAGAGCUCCCUGAUGUGAUAACGAACCCGUUCUCAGCAGCGAACGCAAUACAGAUCACGGGUUCCGAGGAGAAUAACCAGGCGACCGAAAGUAAACAGAACGAGACGCAGGACAAGGAAAACGAGGCGGAUGAGAAUUACGUGGAAUUCGAGAAGAGGAUCUCAGUGCACCUGAACAGCCUGCCGAUGAUAACGUCGAAGCACCUGCUUAACGACUCGAUAGAGAUCACGAGGUACAAAGGCACGAGGCUGGAGACGUGUAAGCACCGAGGAAUAAUCAUGUCGUACCUGAGCAUCAUGUUCAUCAACGAGAUGGGAGUCUCGCUCUUCGACAGCGUCCAGGGCGACGGACUCUCAAUCAUCAAGGGCUACCACGACAUCUACUACAACACGCCGCCGUACAGGCACGUGCCAUUCUGGGCAAACGUUAAGUUCACAGCCUACUUCUUCAUGUACAUGCUCUACCUGACCUUCUUCGGAGGAAUCUCGAACCACCAGCUGCUGCACCUGCUGCACAGAAACAAGCUUAUGUGCAGGCUGACGCUGGAGUCGACAGGAGUGGUGGACCCGAAGUCGAAGGAGGAGAGCAAGACGCAGAAGCCGAAGACGGACACCAUGUACGAAAACGAAAGGAGGAUCCUCUUCGGAAAGUUCUCGAAGCUUAACCUGCGCUUCUACGAGCGAGGAAUCUUCUCGACGGAGGACGGGAAGUUCAUAUCAGUGGACCUGAGCAAGCACGUGAUAAGACUGGUGGUCAACGAGAACACGGACUCGGAGGGCUGGAUGUACGCAAAAAACUGGAACUCGCCAUACACGAAUGAGCCGAACUCGAUGAGCUUCGUGAGAAGGAGAAAGUGGCUGCUGACGGCGAAGGAAAAGAGCUCGGAGUACGUGCUGAAGAGGAACUUCUCGUCGACAGUGGCGUCGGAAUACUUCAGCAACAUGAACAGCAUGAACGUCAAGCCGAAGACCACACCCGAGGAAGACAACGCUAGCGUGAGCAGCCUGGGCUCGUGCGUGAGCUCGAAGGCGUCGAACGCACAGGUAAAGAACUUUGGAGCAGAAGUAGUGGCCUCAGAAGAGACAGCAGACGGAGAGCAAGAGCACCCGGAGGAGAGGAAGAGCGCUGACACGGAAGAAGGAGCAACGAUGAACCACGAGGGAGUGACGAAAAUAGAGGACACAGGAAGAGAAGAAAACACUGAGAGUCUGGAAAUGACAAUAGUGCCCGACGAGAACGUAGCAAGGCUGUACAUGAGGAAGGGAAAAAUAAGAGGAAUGAUGGACAGGUUCAGAGACAUGAGGGAGCGGAGAAGGAACCAGAAGCAGGACAACUCGGACAUGCAAAAGUACCUGAGCACCCUCGUCUCGAACAAGAAGGCGGAGCAGGGACAGAACAUGCCGAGAAGGCUGCAGCUGUUGAAGAGGUUCAAGGAGGCGAGGAAGGCAGCGAGCAGCAAGAUGUCGGUCACCUCGGACGCAGGCCACUCGCUUCUCGACGACCCGGAGACUUCGCCGCUGCGCCCGAAGUCCAAGUUCCCGAAGCCGGACCUGCACAGCAUCGGAGUCUCGCCAGUCAUCGGCAAGGCGGAGAACAACCUCAUAGCCUCCCUGAUGAACCUGAACAGAGUGCCGACGAUCGAGGAGGAUGACGCCUCGAGGUCGACGACGCAGAGGAACUCGGGCGCGGACGAGAGCAUGCUGGAACUGAGGUCGGACAGCUCGCACGUGAACACGCAGGGCCCUCAGGAAGAAGUGUUCUUACAGCAGCAGCCGUACACGAAGCUGCAGCUCAAGAGAUCGCAACAAGAAUCAAACGAUAGGCAGGUGCCGAGACUGCACUCGCUGUCGAAGGAGCCGACAGAACCGAAAGUGCACAACACGAAGAUCGCGAAGCUAUUAAGCUACCUGAAGAGCCUGUAUCAGCCUGAGGAUAAGCUGGACACGGACAGAAGCUCGUACUCGACCCUAUCCCAGGCGUCUACGGACUCGAGUGACGCUUCUAAGUCGAAGUUGAGAAGACUGCUUGAGACGGUCUUCGUUAUACUGUUCGUGCUGCCAGUGUGCAUCGUCGUGGACCUGGGAAAGCUGCUGGUAGGGAUGUUCUGGCUGACGAUAAACACGGUCAUGGGCAUACAGGAGCCGGAGCAGCUGAAGGGGCCGACGGUGACGGAAACAGCGCCCAAGCGAAGAGCAACAUGUAAAAUAGUAAAAGGAGAAGACUGGGUUGAAGUUAAGCUGCAGAAGCGGAGAAGGUGCUUCCUGCGGGGAGACAGACUGAAGGUAUACAAGAAAAUAUCGCGAGCAGAGAACCUGUCGCUGGUGCACACGAUGAACAGACUCAUGUUCGACUCGUCGCAGAAGUACGAGUACGAGUCGGAAGUGUCGAGCGAAGCAGAGUCGGACUCGUCACUGAUGACGAUGAGAGAAGGGAACAUGGAAAAGUCGUACUCGAACCAGUACGUGGAGGACUCCGACGUCCUCGUCGAGUCGGACCUGGGCUCGACGAACAGAGAUGACCUGGUGACGGACGACGACAUGGACGAGCUUAAGACGACGUCAAUGAACCCGUUCGACAUCGAGGACAGCGACGAAGAAAUACUGAACAUGAUGAGAAAGUCCUAUGACACAAACGAGCUGGAGAUAGAGCCGAAAAAGGGAAAGAAGAAAAAGGGGAAGAUCGUAAACUACAUAUCGACGAUCUACCUCAAGAGGAUGGCGAAGAAGGGCAAGUACAUAGACGAGCAGCACCUGUCGGACUACGAGCACGACUCUGAUGACAACACGAAACACGACAGCAAAAUCGGACUCAUCGCGACCCUGAAGAAGGUGAAGGACCAGAUCGUCAUGGCGAACUACAAGAUUAACCUGUACAACAUGCGCUUCGAAAAGUUCCUGAACAUGUUCUCCUGGAAGAACUACUCGGUGACGACAAUCGUGCUAAUCCUGCUCCUGCUCAUCAUCUUCGUCAACCUGCUCUUCAGAAUCGAGGUCAUCAUGCUGGCCUACAUCCUCCUGCAGUUCAAGAGCGGCUACCGCAGAGGCACGUGGGAGCGCAUCAUCCUGAGCACGACUGAGCGGCACAUCAGCAGGGCCAUCGUGGACCUGGAGAUAUUCAGGCCCUUCUGGGACCUCUCGACGCACCAGAUCCAGAUGCUCUCGAACAGGAUCAAGUCGUUCUCCUCGAUAGAGCUGGACAUCAACACGAUCAGGGAGGCGAAGGACGAGCUCCACCUCUCGCACAUCGUGGCGGACCGCCUGAUCGCAACCAAGUUCGCCAAAAACUGGAGAAGGUACCGCUGGAUCAACCACCUGUUCAGACAGGCACCAUGUAAGCAGUACUAA